GUUGUGUUAUUGAGCUUCAUCAAGAGGAACCAAUUUCUCCUGUCUGACAUUACACUACAGUUUCUUAUUUAUUAAUCAAUUUUCUCUAUCGUAGUUUAAAAAUAUGGCGGGUGAUUACUCCGUGGUAACGGCCAGUUAUGUCAACGUGCAAAUCUCGAACUCAUUGACGUCAUUUGCAUCAGAAAAGCGAUUUCCGAAAAGUAUUACCAUUGCUGAGCUGAAGGGUAAAUUUGAGUUGAUAACGGGAUGCAAUGCAGCAGCUACAGAUCUAGAGCUCUAUACAUCAGAAGGAAAGUUAGUUGGACCUAUCAAUAAUGAUGAUGCUUUGUUAGGAUCUUACCCAGUAGAAGAUGGAAUGAGGAUUCAUGUAAUCAAUAGGGAUACCAACAGAGCUGCAGGGGAAUUUGAAGAUGUCUCAAAGGUGGAGAAAUUUGAGAUUUCUCAAGAUGAAUACGAUAAAAGAGCAGAUUCUGUGCGAGCAUUCAAGAAGAAAAUGAAGAUGGGACAAUUCAAGGAGGUGAGUCCUGAGGAACAAGCAAGGAUAGAUGCAGAGAAAGAAGAGAAAGCAGCAGAAGAAGAAAGACUUGCUAAUGCUAUUACAGUGGAAUCAAGAUGUGAAGUUGCUGUACCUAAUGCACCACCCACUAAAAGAGGAACUGUCAAAUUUGUUGGGAAGACAGACUUCAAACCUGGCUUCUGGGUUGGUGUACAAUAUGAUGAACCUCUAGGCAAGAAUGAUGGCAGUGUUGGUGGUAAGAGAUACUUUGAAUGCCCUCCUAAGUAUGGUGGCUUUGUAAAACCUGAAUAUGUGACGACAGGUGACUUUCCUGAAGAGGACCUGGAUCUGGAUGAAAUGUAACACUGCCAUCGUUGCUCUUGUAUAUUGGCAUAGAUUUGGUGAACUUAUAGAUUAUCCUUCAAAUAAAUGGUAUUCUCAUUUGCACAUACAUGUAUGUAAAUGUAGUGUCGAAGUAAUGUUUUGAAAUGGUUUGAACUCUGUAGCUUUGUA